AUGAACGCCACGAGCGGAAACAAGCGACGAGCCAUCAUCAUGGUUUGACUGCUUCGAAAGCUUCUUUGUUCCUCUCGGCUUUGCGACCUCGGAUCAUCCUUUGUUGUGAUGAGCUUCCGCGAUAUGGUUCAAAUUCUGAAUCUAUGCAGUUGCAUCUUCUUUGUGCUUCAACGUCCGCGUCCGGAACAGCCUUCUUGAGAUGGACACCUUGAGUAUCCAUGCUGCGACAGACUUGGUCCUAAGCAGAAAAUCCAAAAUUCAAUAUCAGGCAAUCGAGCAACGUCGAGAUGUCUUCUGGAACUCCACGCACCUUCUACGUCCCAGAUCCUCCACAAAUACCUCCUUCUGAUCCGCCGCAACAUUGGUCAAAGGUUUCAUCCAAUUGGACCGCGCACCUGAAGAGCGACAAGACUGGUUUCGAUGUGCGGCCAAUUGAUCCCAAUGAUUCAACCGGGUGCAGACUAGGACCUCCUAGCAAUGCUCCAGACUACAAUGUUCUCUUAAAGAAAUAUGGAAUGCAGGUCCUGGCAGCCUCCGGGUUUCUAAACCACACAGGUGCAAGGAUGAGCGAAGAAAUCUAUGGCCGGCUUGCCUUUGCUGAUUUCAGGAACCCAACCCAUGAGGAAACAUUGAAGAUUCAUCCAGUCCUGAGACCGAACAUGUGGGGCAAGACUACCCCUCAGGUGUACGCCAUGAUGGUGCCAGCUUUACGACUGGCAACAGCUGUCUUGGAUGAUCCAAUCACAUUGAACUACUUCCACGCUUUGUCUACUCCAUCUGAUCUUAUGUAUACCCGCUUGUCCACCUUCCCAGAUGGUAGAACAGAAGAGUGCAAGACUAUGGAAAUACCGGACACAUUGUCAGAAGCCGAACAACAAGUGGUGUAUGAUAAAAUUUGUAAGAUGCAGUCUUACACAAAUUGGGGGUUCGAAACAACCGAUGACAGGCGAUAUGGAAUCACUAUUCCAGUAGAAGCGAGCAAACACGCAGCCGAAUAUUUUGUUCCUGCUUCUCAGCCUGGCACGUGUAAAACUGAGAUCAGGCUCAACUACUGCUUUAUUAAGGUCCUCAGUUGGUUUUCAGCCGAUCAAGAGACCCGCGGCUACGAUGAAAGAUACAGACGAAUAUUCGUCGAUACUCAGACAAAGGCCCAAAUAUCUCCUGAACGUCGAGCAAGAAUAUCCCUGAACUCUGCAAUCUACCGCACAACCUUUCAACUAGCCUCUUCUAUACUCCAUGAGUUUGCACACGCGUUCUCUUUAGCUUAUUACGAAACGCAUAGGUCCGCCUCCGCGCCUUCGGAGCCUUGGGUCAAGGGAAAUCGAUGCAACGAACAGGGACACGCCUUUGAAAAUCAUAUCUUCGGUGGUCUUGUUCGACCAAUAGAUCGACAAUUUGGACAUCUACAGGUCAUCUCGGCGCCUUUCGGCUUCUACACAACACAUCAAUGGGAUGUAUGGAAAUUCAACGAUCACGAUGUCGAGUAUGACGAUCCGGAGGACGGGCAAAGUUGGGAAGUCAUGGAUGCAGAGGACACAGAUCCGGAUGCACCGCGGGAGGAUGACCGUGUAUUCCCAGUGCCGCAAGAAUGGACGGAAUGGGUGUUUUCAAAAGAGGCGUGGUCCAUCGAUGUGGAUCGAUUCGGGCCGUCAGCUAUCAAAGUGCCCAAGAUUGCAAAGUGGCAACUUUGCAACCAUGACACCAAAACUUGGACGGAUGAUGAGCUCGAGAACAGACCGCAAUGGGAUUGAUUGGGCCAUGGAAGAAUGAGGGUUGUUUCUCUUCCCUCUCCAGCCAUAGAAUUCCAUCAACCGUCAAAAUGCAAGAGUAAAUUCAAGUCGAGAUGAUUGUCCAGUGAGAGCGUGUAUAUAUCAAUCUCUCAGUGGAGGUUCACCUGUUUCCAAAAACCUUCUUGCCUUUUGACGUGUACCAAAACCCUGU